AGUCGGAGAAUUGUGCUGCCCCUAAGGCUUAAACCAGCCGCAGCACGCCUCCGCCGCGUCAACUCCAGAAGACUCAGGGUGAGCAGCCUCCAAGAUCAGCGACCCAGACUUGAAACAAACACAACCUGCAGUUCUCAUAUUGUUCACUCCCUCCAUCACCCAUCACUCCAAAGACAUGCAACGAUGAUCCCAUCAAUACAGACUAUCUUCGCCCUUUCACUAAGUCUAGCGACCACUCUCGUUGCCGCGGAGUAUGAUUCCACACUCGUGGGCACAUGGACGACCAAGUCCAAAAAGGUCAUAACUGGACCGGGUUUCUACGACCCUGUCAACGAUAAACUUAUCGAGCCCGACCUCGCAGGAAUCUCAUACUCGUUCACCGACGAUGGAUUCUACGAAGAGGCUUACUAUCGCGCCGUUUCAAAUCCAACAACACCGAAAUGCCCCUCCGCCGUCAUGCAAUGGCAGCACGGCACAUACUCCCUCCCAGGCAACGGCAGCAUAGUCCUGGAGCCCUUCGGCGUCGACGGCCGACAACUCACAUCCUCGCCCUGCGAGUACUCCAACGCAAUCUACAUCCGCUACACGCAGUCCGAGCUGUUCAAAUCCUAUCAAGUCGAGACAGACCCUUACCACAACGUCCAGAGACUGAACCUGUAUCAAUUCGACGGCUCGCCCAUGCAGCCCAUGUACCUUGUCGCAUCGCCCCCAGAGAUGCUGCCCACACAAACGCUGAACCCGACAAGCUCGGCUAGCGCGACGAGCAAGAGUCGUGCCAAGAGAGCCGAUGGAGGUGAUGGGGACGAUGCCGAGGAAAUACUCAAGCCGAUGAGCAAGAAGAAUCUCAACUUUACACCACAGGAGCCUUACAAUGCCGAUCGUUGGUGGUGGGCCGGUGUAGGUCUGACUGCGAUGGGCACCGUCAUGUACAUGAUGCCGACGUCGUUGUGAGAAGGCAAAUGGGGAGUACCACUUGCGUGGGAUGACUAUGAACUAGCAAGCGACGAAAAGAUAUUUGUUUCAAAUUCAGCGUUCAGCUUACCCUGACAACUGCAUCACACUUUAGCACAAAUUCUUUUGGGCUGAAAGGUUUCGGGACGGAACAGGAACAGGAGCAAGGGCAUUUCAUUGGCGUAUAUGGCGUUUGCUUCUUGGCUUGGGCGCAUGGACGGGUACAGCGCAAUGCUCGAGCGAGGUCUCAGAGGGCAAUGAGUUUGUAAAUUGCAAUUCAGAAAGGACAAUGCACAUUCUGUGCUGGAAGAUGGCCCGGAGUUGGUGCUCAAGGACAGAUGCAGUUGUUCCAGAAAACUGUGAGCCCGGAAAGGUGAAAC